AUGAAUGCACCUACAAAUGGUCACUUUGCUCUGGUCAAGAGAUUUCUUCAGUUUGUUAAAGGCUCUCUCUCUCAUGGCUUGACUUUUCGUCCAAGUUCUUUUGUGUUGCAAGCCUUCUUUGAUUCAAAUUGGGCAGGUGACUUCAUAGACCGCAAGUCUACUUCGGGUUAUUGUGUUUAUCUUGGCUCCAAUAUCAUUUCUUGGUUUGCAAAGAAACAGGCCACUGUUUCACGAUCAAGUACUGAGACUGAAUACAGAUCUCUUGCCUAUGUUAUAAUCGAAUUGAGCUGGUUACAAAUGUUUCUUCAUGAUCUUUCUAUUUCUUUUUCUACUCCACCUAUUCUUUGGUGUGACAAAUUAUUAGCAAUUGCUCUUGCCUCUAAUCUGAUUGCGAAUAUAUUCACUAAGCCUCUGUCAGCUUCUCGUUUUCAUUUUCUUCAGUCCAAGCUAAUGGUCCACUCCUCUUCCAUCAGCUUGACGGGGGCUGAUGAGGAUAUUAUAGCUACAGCUCAUACAACUUCCAUUGCAGAUACAACUGCACAACUUCCAUAG